AUUAAUAAUUUCGUCGUUUUGUACUCAUUUGCUUCAAAAUAUACAUGAUUUAUUUCGGUCAAAAUUAGUAACCAGUGUAUAGUAUCGUAUGUGAUAUGAUAUUUGCCUUAUUUGAAGUAUCUUUUGAACAGACCCCCAUCGCUCGGCGUUAUAAUUUCACAGAUCGCACGGUUGGGGCGGCCGAUGUCUACCUAGAUAGCAAUAAUAAAAUGUAGAACAAUAAUUCGACGCGAUGCUUUGUUGAAAUCCGCAGUGAUUGUAACUAUUUUGUAUUGAUUUGAAAUCGUCUUAACGCUAUUAGUCUUGUAAUAAUCGAAAUCUCUAUUGCAGCUUAUGAAUAUCGGCAUUAUCUGGUAGAAUAGAUAGUAACAAAAUAAUUCAUUUACCUACCUCCACCACCGACCGGUCUAAUGUUCUCCAGAGCUACGACUCAGCAAGCAUUGAAGACAUCUGAGGAUCUAGUGUAACAUUUAUGUAGUUUUAUUUUCAACAAUCUUAGUUUUGGUGUUAAAUUGUGAUCUUUACGUUAUAGACUCAACCGUGUUCUCGAGAACACAAAGACUAACAAAAAAUGUGAUUUGAUUUAUAAAAUAUUAAUUUGAUACUUUUAAUAGAAACAUUGACACCACACAUUUUUCUGUGAUAUAUAUUUAUUACUGCAAUAUUUGACCUAUAUAAAAGGAAGAAGAAAUCAAGGGAUAAUGUCCAGUAGUUCUCAGUGGAAAAUGUUCCAGCCGCCAGAUUCACACUCAUCACCUUUGCAAGAUAUAAUUGACCUUCAGCACCCCAACAUGCAGGCCAAACAAUCAUACCGCAACGGUACUUACAGCAGUGAGUACCCCAGUUCUCCGAGGGAUAAUUUCAAUAAUGUUAAUAAGUCGGGUGGAGGUAAUCGCUUUUCAAUGAACAAUUACAAUAUGGAUGGGUGCCCUAUGGGAGAUUCUGCCGGUGUAUACUCCUCUUCAGGUUCUACAAAUAACACCUCAUCCCAGUACGAUUCUAUGAACCAUCCACCUAUUAGAGAGACAGGGAUUAUUGAAAAAUUAUUGCACUCUUAUGGAUUUAUACAGUGUUGUGAGAGACAGGCUCGGCUUUUCUUUCACUUUAGUCAGUUCACUGGUAACAUUGAACAUCUUAAAAUUGGAGAUCCUGUUGAAUUUGAAAUGACAUAUGAUCGCCGUACUGGGAAACCCAUUGCAUCCAAUGUUACUAAGAUAGCACCUGAAGUGGUACUGAGUGAGGCUCGUGUUACGGGUACUGUCACUACGGAGGUUAAAGGAGAGGGUUCUGGUGACAACACUGGCAGGAUUUCAUAUGAGAAUCGUGGGGAGUGUUUCUUCUUGCCUUACACAAAGGAUGAUGUCGAGGGUAAUGUCACACUGCAUACAGGGGAUGCUGUUAGUUUUCAGAUUGCUACUAAUCAAAGGGGCACGUUGGGGGCUUGCCAUGUACGCUUCGAAAAUCCUGUACACCCCGUUAAAUACCACGGUGUUGUAUGCUCCAUGAAAGAGAACUUUGGGUUUAUUGAAAGAGCUGAUGUCGUGAAAGAGAUAUUCUUUCAUUAUUCUGAAACUAAAAUUAAAGAGGAAUUGGUGUUGGGUGAUGAUGUUGAAUUCAUUAUACAAACAAGAAAUGGCAAGGAGGUUGCAUGCCAUAUUACCAAAAUGCCGAGUGGUUCAGUGGUGUUUGAAGAUGUAAGCCCUGAGAUCAUGCGUGGACAAGUAUUAAAGCCGUUAGAAAGAGGUAGUAUGGUUCGUGUACCACAAAAUGAUCCACUACCGGGGAGGAUUAGAUACCGCGCCGCGGACCAUUCUGAAGUAGAGGUACCGUUUGGCGAUAAAGACCAGUGCGGCGAGUUCACUCUGCGUCACGGUGAUUGGGUGCAAUUCCAAGUAGCUACAGAUAGACGGGACCAGUUGAAGCGAGCUACAAAUAUUUCAUUGCUCGAUGAAUCUUUUAAUGUUUCCGGAGAACGAAGGGAGCAAGGCAUUGUGUGUUCACUAAGAGAUGGUUUCGGGUUCAUUCGUUGUGUUGACAGGGAACAGAAUAUGUUCUUUCAUUUUGCUGAAGUUCUGCGCAUGGGACACAAACUUAGCGUUGGUGAUGAGGUGGAAUUUACCGUGGAUCCAGUGGCUACGUUCUCCAAUAUGAGUAAUACUCGUCAGUCCGGAAUACGUAUCAAGCAUCUACCGGCUGGUACAGUUCAGUUCGAGACGCUGGUUGAGCGCAAUGUCCGCGGUGUGGUCACCAAAGAGGCACAGGUCUUCAACUCUAUGUCUAGCCCCUCAAGGGGCUCACCAUCUGAUUAUAAUGGUACUAUCUCAUGCCAAAUUAAUGGAUCGAAGAAAUCGGCAUCUUUCAUGGCUAAAAAAUGUGAAGGUAAAGUCGUGCCGCGUGUUGGUGAUAAAGUGCUUUGUGACGUUUAUCAGGUCAAGAGAACAAAAGCGUUUACAGCUAUGUCAAUCGUAGUUCAGCUUUACUCAAGCAAUGGGAACUCCGGUAAUAAUGUGGGGACAUCGCGCCCGCUCUUGCAAGGCUUCAUUGCCGCUCUGAAGGACGGAUUCGGCUUCAUCGAAACAGCAGAUCACACCAAGGAAGUCUUCUUUCACUUUAGCAAUCUAAAUGGCAAUCCUGAUGAUCUCGAUCUCGGCGGCGAAGUGGAGUACUACGUAGGACGUGCUGGUUCGGGGAGCGGGUGCGCAAGUGCCGAAAUGGUUCGCGUGUUGCCCAAGGGCACCGUACAUCUCGCCCAACCCCUAGAGCCGAUUCUCAACGGCACUGUGACCAGAACCCUUCGAGCUCUUAAUCCUGACCAAGCGCAUUAUUCCGGUAUAAUUCAACAGGAUCUACAGGGACAGGAUAGAGAACGGGUGUCGUACGAAUUCGGUAUUAUGGGUCUAGCAUGCAAGCGCGAGAUACUGCAAGUAGGCGAUCCGGUCACUUUCCAAGCAGACUUGCAGGGAAGGGCCACCAAUAUUGUGCCAAUAAGGAAGAAGCGCCGCGCAACUGUGGACGCCAUUAAAGGCUUAUUCGGAUUCCUGAACGUCGAGUCGGAGGAAAAUCGUCGUCUGUUCUUCCAUAUGUCGGAGGUUCGCGGAAACUCGGGUGAACUCCAGCCCGGUGACACAGUCGAGUUCGUCAUGCUCACCAACCCCAGGAACGGAAAGUCGUCAGCUUGCAAUGUGGUGAAAAUUAGCAGCAAGGUUCCACGUGAAAGACCUGAGCGACUGUUGGCCCGGCUGCGGACCGCGUCGCAGGAGGAAUCUGCUGGUCCGCGCGUCGUAGUCAUCCGAACGCCUCGCGGACCCGACGGCAGUCGCGGAUUUCGUCCUCGUCGGCCCAUUGCUGAUCUGUUAGCCGAGUGAGACCAGUUACGCUAAUAAUACCAAGGCCUCAACACUCUACAGCUAUGUAGGUAACAUCAUAAUGGUUUGAUUUUCAAAUUAUUUCAUUGUAUUCAUGUGAGACUGAUUAUCAAUUUCUCUAGCCAGCAUUUAAAAUCGAUUUGUUUUAAUUACACAAGGGCAGAUAACUGGUAAUAAGUUGUUAUCUGUCCAUUCAUAAAAUAAUUGUAUGUCACCGAGUUUAGGCUUUUAUUGAAACUUAUAACAUAUCAAGGUAAUCAAACCGAUUUAUGUUGCGUAUGCAAGUAUAGUGCAUUAAUGAAAUUGUUCUAAAUAAGAGGUUCUUUUUCGCGUAUACACAUUGUUCAAAAUUCCGUUUGUACCAUUCCUGAGUAUUUUAUUAUGGUUUGCCAAGUUCAAUUGCAUUGUACGGAUGACGACACAUAACAUAUGAAGUGUUGUAUCUUCGGUGAACAACAUUAACACUUCGCUUCACCCGAACUCGUGUAAAUAUUUGUAUAACUUAGUUGUAAUCGUUUGAAUUGUGGUUGCAUGUGAUGCGGUGGGCUUGUUCAGUGGUCGCCAGUGCUGUAACUACAGACCAUUGCAUGUAUACAGAUAGUAAACUUGAGCGCUAGCUCUAUCUAGAAAGAGGUAUUAGUGAAAUGGAAACAGGAACUCUAUGAAAAAUAUUGUGAACAUCACUAUAAGUAUAGACAGGGUGAUGUAAAAUGUGUUGUUUAUAUUUGUGUUCCUACGUAAUGGGUAACUGACAACGGUUGGUUAAAAGAUUUACUCUGUAUACAUAUAAUACUCUGUAUAUUGCAUUGCCUGUGCGACUGUGCUCCGUGUAAUACGUAUCUACAAAACAUUUGUUGCUAUUUUUUGUUACGUUUAGUCGAUCUCUUUAUGCGGAACAUUCUGUGAUUUAUGAAAAUUAUACGUGUGCAAUAAAAAUGUAUAACAAUGAUAUAAAUAUAGUCCGCACUGGACAACGGCUAGUCUUAUAGUAUUAUUUUAUUCAAGUCACUCCCUAACGGGCACUUCAUCUGGUAUGUGUCGCCAGUAUUAAUAAUUCUGUCAAUAGCUAAUUUUGUAAUUACAUUAACGAAUAAAAUUAUGCCUUAGCUAUUGUAUAAUAAUCGGAUACGAAGCAUUUAUACGAUAACAAAUGCGAUGCACUGGAUGGAACCAAAGACUGAAAAAAAUAUUUAUUACAAUAAUGAUAUUGGGAUUAGAUUAUUAUAAUUUACUGUAUGUUGUGAACACUCAUGUACCCACAGGAGUAUUAUGAAUUUGGAUUGGUUGUAGCACCGUCUUUAUUCACUUCAAUGAUUACCUCUUGUCCUCAGGGACGGUACAGCUAUUUGUACAAACAUUUACAUCGAAUAAGUUUGAUGACAUACGUAUUUGAGUUAAUCGGACGCAUUACAAAUGUCAUUAGUAUUAUAAAGUUUUAUUUAUGUAAAUAUUUUGUUUUAUUAAGUUUGAAAUCAACUUUAAGAUCAAUUUGAUAACAUAAAAAUAACAAUGCAGAUGAUCUUUAAUGAUAGUAUUAACAUGUUUGUUCACGGCAAGUUAUGUAUUUAUACAUUUAGUUUGUUGCUUUUGUGUAAAAUUGGUGGCGAGUGUGAUCUCUAUGUGUCGUUGUUGACGAGUAAUUUGACACCUAAAAUAAACAAAAUGCAAUCAAUCAAUUAAAAUUGUGCAAAUCAUACCCUCGAAAUGGAUUGAACCGGGAACGUUGGUUUGGUUUGAGGUAAAGUAUGUAAUGUAACUAGGUUCGUGGAAAUUGUUUAGCCUCUGCAGCCAUGACGUUCAUUCCUUUUCGUCAGGAAGGAGAUUCGUAUGUUUUAACACUUCAGUACUGAUUCAAAUGGAUUAUACUUUUUUAUUGUAAGACUAACAACAAAUGACAGGUACAAAUAAAAGUAUUGUAUACUCUGACAAAUUGAUUAAAUCAGUAUUUGUUUAUCGAUUCAAAGAUCAACGUAUCAUGCGUAAGUGCUAAUUUUUUCCGUUAAUUGAACAUUUGUGAUUAAUUUUUGUUAUGUAUUUUAUUUAUAGAACCCAGUUCCGGAGACAUGUUCGUAGAGCCGUCAAGUGUUACAUGUUGUAGUUCAUUGUACAUAUUCUCUAUGAGUUCGACAUGUGUGACAGUUCCCAUUUUGAGUUACGUUCAGUUUAGUUCAUUUGUAACAUUGUACAUGAACACCCUCAGGCCGAAUAAAUAACAAGCGCUAAAAAUAUUCUAUAAAAUAAAAUCAUUCUUUAAUCUUCGUUUUAAUUAUCCAUUGAUUGAACACAAUUACCAAUUUGCAGGUGUAGGUAGUGUAGUGUAUUUUAAAUAAAUUGACUCGCGCUUUCGUUCAAUGUUCGGAUUUGAUAGGGUAAUAUGUGGUCUGUCGUAUAAAACAUAUGUGAAUUUGUUUUGCUAGACGAAUUUAAUUGUAUAAUUGUAAUAAAUGACAUGUCUCUGGAACUAUUAUGAUCAGUCAUUUUCUUUCUUCACCUAUUCGGUCAUCAUCGGUGGUCACAUUAUGAGUAAAGAACUACAUUGCUGUCUAAAUGAGUGUGCUUGUUUCCAUUAUAAUUUUUUUACUUAUAUUAAGCUUUUAACAUUUCGGCGUGUGGCACUAUUGGCGUUACACGUUACUAUUUUGGUGUUAAAUUGUCGUUCAAUACUUUGGUUUGUUUGAAAUAUGUAACGUGUAAUUUUAUUAUGCUUAUUGUAAAAAUAGAACCCAAAGAAACGACGAGAAUUUUGAACAAAUGUUUUAUGCUUGUACGCUUUUAAAACGACAAUGUUUUAUUUGCGUAAUUUUUAUAAUAUCUAUGUUUAUGUAACCAGACAUAGUAAUAGAGAUAAUAAUCAUUUAAUUGAUGUUGUAGUGUAUGAAGUCCCGGAUCUUCGGGUAUAGGUAUUAU